UAGUUACUUAAUAUUUUUUACUAGGCAGUUGCCGGGUCGUCUUGUGAAUUAUUUAAUAAACUUAUAGAAAUAAUUCCGAUAAAAUGUUUCGGAAUCUCACAGCAUGCAGAUCCAGUAUUGCAGGUCUUGCAAAAGCAACACAAAGAAGAAAAAAAAUUUAUUAUGGUUUCAAAGAAUGUUCAUUGAUAGGACGACCUGAAGAAAAAAUGCCAUGUGUAGUAGAUGCGACUUUUCAAUUAAGACAUUACUCGAGUCAGGGAAGAAAGCCGUCUUUUUUUUCUAAAUUUAUUGAUAACAUAAAACAAGAAAUGCAAAAAAAUAAAGAAAUGAAAGAGUCACUUAAAAAAUUCCGCGAAGAAGCUGAUAAACUGGAGCAGUCAGACGCGCUUAAGUCAGCGAGACAAAAAUUUCAGUCUGUUGAGUCCGAAGCUUCAAAGGGCUCGGAAGUAUUGAAAGAAAAACUAGACGUACUUAAGGAAAAAGUUCAAGGAGUGCUGGAUGAGGCCAGCAAAACAGAACUGGGUAAGAAAGCAGGACAGUUGGGUGAAGAAAUAACAAGAUCAGCGAAAGGUGCCGCCGAAUCUAUAUCAGAAAAAAGUCAAGCUAUCGGUAAAAGUAGCGCUUUUCAAACAAUAUCGCAGACUGCUGAAGUUGUGCGCAAAGAAUUAGAUAAUAAUACUAUUCGUGAUCAUGUCUAUGAGCCGUUGAAACAGUUGAGGAAACGUAAGCAAGUCUUGGAGAGAGAAGAUAGAGAAGUCGAAGCUAAUUUCGAAGCAACUGGUGUUGAGUUACACAAAGACUCAAAGUUUUAUCAGUCAUGGCAAAACUUUAAGGACAAUAAUCCUUACGUCAAUAAAGUAUUAGACUGGAAAAUAAAAUACGACGAGUCAGAUAAUCCAGUAAUUCGUGCGUCAAGGUUACUAACAGAUAAAGUAACGGAUUUGAUGGGCGGUUUGUUCCAAAAAACGGAACUUUCGGAAACACUAACGGAACUCUGUAAACUAGAUCCGAGUUUUGAUAAAAUAAAAUUUAUAAGAGAGUGUGAAACUGAUAUUAUACCCAACAUAUUGGAAGCUAUGAUUCGUGGAGACUUGGAGAUAUUAAAAGACUGGUGUCACGAAGCUCCAUAUAAUUUAAUUUCCCAGCCUUUGACUCAGGCUAAAAAACUAGGCUAUCGAAUGGACAAUAAAAUUCUUGAUAUCGAUAAUGUGGAUCUCGUGAUGGGAAAAAUGAUGGAGCAAGGCCCGGUACUAGUGAUAAGCUUUCAGACACAACAAAUAAUGUGCAUAAGAGACGCUAAUGAUAAUGUAGUGGAAGGAGAUCCUGAAAAAGUCAUGCGAGUUAAUUAUAUUUGGGUUCUGUGUCGUGAUCCAAGUGAAAUUAAUCCAUCAUCAGCUUGGCGAUUACUUGAACUGAGUGCAAAUAGUAGCGAACAAUUUGUCUAGCGAAAAUUAAUUUAUCAUUUAUUUGUUUUUAAAACAUAAUAAAUAAUUAUCCGAUUUAAAGAAACAGAACUUUCUUAGAGUAUCGCGCGUUGUAAAUUAUUAUUGAGUUUUCCGUAGAGUUUAAAAUUUACGACAAUUUAGAUGACAUUAUUGUUCCGUUGACAUGUAAAAGAUUAAUUAAAGUUUAUGAGUUUUUCUUUGUUGCCAUGCAUAAGUUUAGCACGAUACUUAUAUUUUAAUUGGUUGAAAAACCAAAAAAACUUUUCUUUUGUAUUUAAAAUGACAACAAUUUUUACAGCCGGGUAUUUUUUUAUAAAUUAAAUAUCGCGUAUAUUAUAUGUAAAAUAUAUACAUAUAUAUUUAAAUAACACACUUCCUCUGUAUAUAAGAAAAUGAUUGAUCAACCGUAUUAGCGU